AUGAGAACAAAUUCACCCUCACCACUGUGUCACGCGACACCGCAGCCACGGAAACCCACCAGAACAGUCCAACGGAAGGUCUACGGCAAGAAGAGGAGCAAUGCACCCAAAGCAGUAUUCGACCAAAAUAGUCCAGAAAUGGCCAUUUUUCGCCCUCAACAGCCGGAUGAGGCGGUAGAAGCUAUUCAGGCCAACCUAGCCCGGGUGUCCAUCGCCGAGAAACCAGGUCCGGUCCAGGAGGCCGACAUCCCAUCACCAGACAAUUUGGGGGACCAGACGAACUUGGAGACUCAGGACAGCUAUGAAUCAACAUGCCCAUCAUCUCCGCCACCUGUACCCACUACCAACAGACCUCCCACUAGAGCCCCGGAGAAAAAGAAAUAUGAGACUAUGGUGGAGGUGAGGAUUGUUGCCAAGGCGGCCCAGCCAGCAACUACAAAAAACGAAGAGAGAACUAGAACUUUACCACCGAAGGAAAUGACAAGCAAGAAGAUAUCCGCGGCGCGAAGAUCAUCUGGAUUCGUCCACGACACAAAGGUCAACGCCUACGUUCGACCCAUCCUCAACGAAGCACUAUCACCACUAUCAUCACAAAGCGUCCAAAAUUUCAACACCUGGGCCUCGCGCUCAGCCACCAUGUUUAACGUCGCGAAGCUGGCCGAAGGCUCAUACGGAGAGGUAUACAAGCUAAAUUUACACGAGGAAGGCAGUCGACCAGCAGUCUCUAAAUCCAAAUUGGCAAAACUGAAAGCGUACGGCGACGGAGUGUUCAAGGUAGUCCCACUCCGAGCGCAAAGUGGCCCAGGAUCCAAGAAAUUCACCACUAUCGACGAGAUUGUCUCCGAAGUCAAAAUGCUGAAGUAUCUUGAUCCGAUCCCUGGAUUUGCUCGCUUCCGUGAGAUUCACGUGGUACAAGGUCGCUUCCCGGAAGCUUUCCAGAUAGCUUGGGAUCACUACAAGAAGACCAAGGAUGAUUGUUUGAACCCGAAUCCGGCAAGCAAGAAGUCAUAUCCCGAUACCCAGUUAUGGGCGAUUAUAGAGAUGGACGAUGCAGGGUGUGAGUUGGAGAAAUUUCACUGGUCGUCAAUUUUCCAGAUCUAUGAUAUCUUCUGGGGUGUGGCUAUGGCCUUGGCUCGUGCUGAAGAGUAUGCUUUCUUUGAGCACCGUGAUCUUCAUUUGGGAAAUGUCUGUAUUCGGUCUACUCGACCGGAUGGCUCGAUGGAAUCACCCACAGAUAUGGAGAUAGCUCGCCAGAAAUCUCCUAGUGGAUUUGGAAUUAACUUGCGGUUGGCCGAUCUCCCCGAUGAUGUAGAGGGAGUUAUUGAGAAUGCCUCCUCCGACUUGGAUAAAAAGCAAAUUUUCGAUGCUAUUGGCGAAGAUGAGGACGAGAUUUUGCUAAGAGACACUUAUAGAUAUAUGCGCGCAACUCUCUACACAGGGAACCCCACAGAAACCGAAAAGACACCUGACAUCCCGGGUAUCUGGGCAGACUACGCACCACGAACCAACCUGGUCUGGCUACUUUUCAUUCUGAAGAAUCUAUUGAAAAACAGAAAGCCCGAAGUUCCUCCACCAACAGCGCAGCCGCAAAGAAAGGCUCUGGCUCCCUGUUCUCCCAACCGGACAAUGGAACGACAGCAAGUAUUGGGCAAAACCACCAAACACAAGGAUCAAAGCGUGACUGGUGGUAUGAAGGAACGGCAGACCAAGGAUCUUCAAACCUGCGUUGCACAACUCAAGCAGACACUCGAGAAUAGACUCAAGGAGGUGCUCAACCUUUUGGACCUGGAACAUGGCCAUGAAGAUAUGUGUUGUGCAGCUGACCUUGUUGCUUAUGCCAUGGACUCACAAUGGCUGGCUGAACAGGAUUUCUUCUAA